UUUUCAGUAUUUCUACCACCGCCAUUUCGGAUAGUGUUUCUAAUCGCUUUGGGUUUACUCUGUUGGUCGGCAAAUCUACGAGGAUUGAGAAGACUUGGACUGGAUGCUGAAAGUAUGAUGUCUUCUGAAACGAAAGUACGUGUUCUGCCUCAUCAUCGAGAUCAUGGAGAACAAUUGUAUCGUGCUCAUGCCAACGUACCUGCUAGGGAAAUGUCUCGAUCAAAUGCAAGUUCGGCUGCUUUGGUAGGUUCAGCAGAUUCGGAAUUAGCCGUCUUUUUUCGACAUCCAGGUCCACAAGAAGCUGCUGCAUUUCAUUUAGGUCUUUCAUGUUUCGUUUGGGCUUCAAUAUGUUGGGUGACUUAUCGGGUGUAUGCAUUCAAGACGAUUUUCUAUGGUGGUGAUCAAAUAAAUGGUAUCUCGAACGCACGUGGACGACAUGCUCAAGCUAUUCAAGGUAUUGCAGUUUUGGGUGUUCUAGCUGUUGCAUUUUGGCCAGGAGAUGUGAUGUACAGACCGAUGCGUAAAGCCUUUGGUAAGCAGAUCUUAAGCAUUUGCAAGCCUUCGUUUGUACAACGCAUUCACUUCUCAAAUGUUGUUCUGGCGGAUAUCUUGACUUCCUAUGCAAGAGUGUUUGGAGAAUUGUGGUUGACGAUGUGUUUCUUAUGGCCAAAGACAGAUACACCGGCAUGGUGGAAUGGAAAAGGAAGUGUGGCUGUACCUCUAUUGGUAAGCUUGCCUUACUUUAUUCGAUUUCGUCAAUGUUUGAGUGAAUACAACGUUUCCACGCCAUCGACGAAAGAUGGAAAGAGACCUUUGAAACCUCUGCUGAACGCUGCCAAAUACGCAAGUGCUUUCCCUGUUAUUUGGUUGAGUGUUUUGCAAGGUGCAAAUAUACCCGGUGAUGGACAUUUCUCAAGAGUGAAUAUGUUCUUCUAUCUAUGGAUUGGAUCAGUGUUUAUCAAUAGCUUUUAUUCGUUUUGGUGGGAUGUGACAAACGAUUGGGGAUUGGAAAUGCUAAAAUGGGAAACGUGGGCCAACACACCUUCGCUAGUCUUGCGUGGUGUUCAUUCGAUCCAUCGAAGAAAUACGUCUGCUAUGCCUGCCUAUCUAUCAACAGCACGAAACAGACGAGCUUCCGAUACAUCGUCAACAACUGUGGUGAAUGAGACUGGAAAUGGAAUACCGAAUGGAGCACAUGAAAGGAUGUCACAACAUUCUCAUUCAAAUGAUACCUUGCGACCGGGAGAUUCAGCAUCAAAUUACACAUCUCAUUCACGCAAAAAGAGUUACUUUUUGCGUCCUCCAGAGUACGUGAUGCUUUUUCCGCCAAUCGUUUAUCAAUUAGCCGUUACGAGUGAUUUGAUUUUGCGAUUUGCAUGGUCAUUAAAACUUUCAAGUCAUUUACAUCAUAUCAUCGAACUUGAAUCGACUGCUUUUUACCUUGAAGCAUUGGAAAUUUUACGUAGAUGGGGUUGGUCUUAUUUGCGUAUAGAAUGGGAAGCAUGCAAACGCAGA